AUGGCGAAAUAUAUGGAAGAAAACCCUCUCAACACUGGUGAUGAUGGCUCAGACAUAGAAAUAGAAUACGAUGAGGAUGGCAACCCCAUAGCUCCCCCUAAAAAGAGGUUCAUUGACCCACUACCUCCUAUAGACCACUCUGAGAUAGUGUAUGAGCCAUUUGAAAAGAACUUCUACACCCCUCAUGAGGAUAUUGAGAAACUUACCCCAGAGCAGGUUGAGGAGCUCAAGAAAAAUUUGGGAGUGAAGAUAACUGGCCCAGACCCGCCAAAGCCAGUGAGCAGUUUCGCCCAUCUUGGCUUCGACGAGCAACUCAUGAAGGCGAUUAGGAAAUCUGAAUAUACGUCACCGACACCCAUCCAGGCGGCUGGCGUGCCUGCGGCUUUGUCUGGCAGGGACCUUAUAGGUAUUGCUCGCACGGGUUCCGGUAAGACGGCCGCGUUCCUUUGGCCACUUCUCAUCCACAUUAUGGACCAGAAGGAACUGGCGCCGGGAGACGGACCCAUAGGGCUUAUACUGGCCCCUACCAGGGAAUUGGCGCAACAGAUUUAUAUGGAAGCCAGAAGAUUCGGCAAAGUGUACAACAUACGAUGCGUGUGUUGUUACGGUGGAGGCUCCAAAUGGGAGCAAACCAAAGCCUUGGAAGGUGGUGGAGCAGAGAUUGUGGUGGGCACGCCAGGGCGCGUCAUAGACUUAAUCAAAUGUAAGGCGACUAACCUGAAGAGAGUCACUUAUUUAGUACUUGAUGAAGCUGAUAGAAUGUUCGACAUGGGUUUCGAGCCUCAAGUGCGUUCGAUCUGCGCACACGUGCGACCCGAGCGCCAAGCGCUGUUGUUCUCGGCGACGUUCCCGCGGCGCAUCGAGCGGCUGGCGCGCGACGCGCUGCACGACCCCGUGCGCGUGCAGCACGGCGCGGCCGGCGAGGCCAGCGACCUCGUCACGCAGCACGCCAGGAUAUUCACCAAACCAGAAGACAAAUGGACGUGGCUACUUAAGCAUUUGGUGGAGUUCCUGUCAGCCGGCAGUGUUCUAAUAUUCGUCACAAAAAAGCUGGAGGCAGAGCAGACGGCAGCGAGUUUGGGGGCGGCGGAGCACGACGCAUUAUUGCUGCAUGGAGACAUGGAGCAGGCGGACCGCAACCAGGUCAUCACGGCCUUCCGCCGCCGCGACAACGAUAUACUUGUCGCCACCGACGUCGCUGCGCGCGGUCUGGACAUCCCUCACAUCCGCACCGUCAUCAACUACACGGUAGCGCGCGACAUCGAUACUCACACGCAUCGCGUGGGCCGCGUGGGCCGCGCCGGCGUGCGCGGCGACGCCUACACGCUGCUCGACCGCCACCGCGACCGCGACUUCGCUGGACACUUGCUGCGGAACUUGGAGGGCGCACAGCAGGAGGUGCCAGAAGAACUCCUAAACCUGGCGAUGCAGUCAGCAUGGUUCCGCAAGUCGCGUUUCAAGAAAGGCAAGGGCAAGAACCUCAACGUCGGCGGUUGCGGCUUAGGGUACAAAGAGCGGCCAGGCCUGCCGCAGCACAACGACGACGCGCCCAGCGCGCCCGCCGGGGGGCCCGCCGAGCGGCCUGCCGGGGGGCCUGCUACCGACCGCCUGGCCUCGCUCAAGCAGGCCUUCCGCUCGCAGUAUAACCAGUUCACGGCGUCGUCCGACCACUCGUGGGAGCAGACGCUGCAGAGCAUCCAGCCCGGGGUCAACGCCCCCGCCGCGCCCGACGACCGCGCUGAGCGAGUCCGCAAGAGUGGCAAGCGCAGCCGCUGGGAAUAGUUAUAGCAUAACAAGUCACGAUGUUUUGUUUUGGACUUUAUUACUAGGCAAUAAAGUUGAAAAUUGUGUGUUAACCCGUCGCGUCAUUCAUGCGCAAGAGUGGCAAGCGCAGCCGCUGGGAAUAGCCUCGCUAAAGGCAUGCUAUUGGACCUUAUCAUUAGGCAAUAAAGUUUAAAAUUGUGUUAACCCAUUGCGUCAUUCAGUUGUUACCCUGAGCGAGCGCAUGCGCAAGAGCGCGUUAUUAGUGAAAACCCUAGUAAUAAUAAAAGUUAAACGUCAAAGUAAAUUCAGGGAUAUUUUUUAUUUAGAUCACGUGAUAGUCGUAUUGCGCGCGAAAUAUUGGCGGGUGCAGUGCGCUUAUUUUUUUUUUUUUUUUUUUUAUGUGACAAGAGGCAAACGAGCAGACGGAUCACAGACAGCUUAGCACAAUUACAAUAAAUAGUGUAUUGCACUAGGGCUUUUGU